AUGAGAAAAAAGACCCCCACUCCCGCACCACCCACCUCCCCGAUCCAAUCGCAACACUCGCCCCAGCAGCGAUACCGCGACCACCCCGCCCCCGGCCGACACCUCCGCCGCUGCCCCACCCCUGGCCAGCACCGCCACAGCAGCCCCACCCUCGUCCGGCACCUCCGUCGCCGCCCGCUCCCGUCCGACACCGCCGUGGCCGCCCCGCCCCCGGCCGUACCCCUGCUCCCAGCGGAUCCGGUGGAGACGGCGCCACACCACCUCCCGGAGCACCUCGAGGGUCACCAGAUCCCGCCGCCACCCCAAGAUCCCGCCAUCGCCGCCAUCUGUCCUCACUGCAGCCGCCGUGGCCCCGGCCACCAACCGCGUCGCCACCGUGUCCUCCCUCCUGCUUCAACCGCAAUAGUGGCCUCCCUUUCCUCUGCUUCCACGACGGCGGCGGCUCUUUGUCCCCGACCGACGCGACGGCUACCCCCAUCCAACCAACCUGGUGCACUCGCCGGUCCCUCACCAGCCUCCGCGACCAACCAUCCACCGAUCAAUGGGGCGCCUCUAGGCAUCUGCGCCACCUUCUGGAGCAAUGCCCUUCUCUGCAAGCUGCAGUCACUGGUCUUGCCCUGCUCGAGGAGGAGUAGGAGGGCCGCACCUAGGCACCAUGUGCAACUCAUAAACAAAGACAGUGAGGGAGUGGCAGCAACAUUUCAGAUGUAACUUCAGAUAAAAAAGGCACUCGGCUGCAACUCCUUGUUCUACGCUCUCUAAUGUCAAAGUGAGAACAGAAUCACAUGUUCCACUCUUGCUUUUAGCUUUUUUUGUUAGUCUUAAAGAAAAUGAUCUUAACAAAGAAUCUCUGUGUGCGUGCGUGUGUGCUCGUGUUUGUGUGUGCGCUGGGUGUGCUGCUUGCGUGCUGAGAUGUAUGAUGUGCAGAGUUUUUUAAGUUCAUGUUGUGAACCAAACUAAACUAAGUUUGAACACAAAAGUUCAGAUCA